AUGGGACAAAGGCAUAAUAGACGUCGCACACGCCCACGAUCUAGAAACCGCAGCGUUAAUCACUCUACCAUUGAGCUGCCUCCAUAUCCCGUCAAAUACUCGCGCAGUCCAGCCCCUAAAACGACCCCUGCCGCCUGCGAUUCACUCGACUCCAUCUCGAUAUCCUUCGCCCCGACCUGGCAUUAUGGGUAUACAACAUGGCAGAAGCGUGACCGUACGUUACGGCUAGAGGCCUUACAGCUGGAGGCCGAGCAAUGUCGUCUUUUUGGAGGUGAACCGGGGGAUGACGUCGGACUUUGCUAUCGCAUGCUCGAAUAUUUCGGUGGACUUGAUUAUAUCGACUCGUAA